UUCUAAAGAGUACAGCGGAGUAGUUAGCGGCGCUCGAGGAUGUGCUGCAAAAAGGCAGGCCAAAAGCAUAGAGCAAGUGCAGAAAAGCGCAUUUGAAAGCAGAGCCAAGGGAUUGGUGGUGGUGACGCAGAGAGAGAGUGCAAGGGAUUCUAAUUUUAAAGCUGCAGCAGAAAAGCAGAAGAAAUUGCACAUCCAGUAAACAAAGAACUCCGGACACGAUCGGUCGAUCGCGGUAAUAUGCCACACGUAAUCGGUUUGUGCUAUCUUUUUGUUGUUCGUUUUGGUUUUUUUUUUUUUUUUUUUUGUCAACUGGCUAUAAUGUGUGGACUGAUGAUGAUGUUAACGGCGAUGAUGGUGCAGUUGAUUGUUGAUUGAACUUUGGGAGAAAUCAGCUGCCUCUAACAAGUAGACGACGUCGCAGCACGCGUAGCAUAAACUUCAAGGUGAACUGUGAAGCAAAAAUAAAGGAGGAAAAGCCUAAUAAGCGUAGCAUCGCAGACGGAAAGGACGAAGAACGUCAACGCACUCUGGGGUGCACCAGUCGCUCGUUGGUGGUGCUGGUGGUCUGCUGUUGCUGCUGCUGCUGCAGGCAAACAAAACCCUACAAAACCUAAGCAGUCGAAAAAGAAAAAAAGACGUUAAUGGGCAACCGAAAGAUUGCACUUGUAUGGAAUUCAAAAACAAUUAAACUGUCUUAUAUACAAACGAGUAAUAAAGAAUAAUAACCGGCAACAUAGACAAUGGCUAAAACGCGAAUAAAAACAACGCCGAUGCGCUUGAAAAAGGAUGCUUUGAUGGCAUCAACUGCCAGAACCGCUGCCGCCAUAACAAAAUCCGACACUACAACAGCAACGACGUGUCAUAUUGCAGCACCGCUGAACGAUGCCAAGAAACGCUUCCGUCAAUCGGCAGUUCUGGCCAAUUCCGUGCACAGCGGUGCCGGCUCAUCGACGAUCAUUGUUACAGCACCGAAACGUACAAAUUCCAUUUCAUCAGUCGCCUCAUCCAUUUCGCAGAUCAGCGAUGCAAACUCCGACACCGAAUCGCCUCCACCACAAACAGCGCUAAAAAUGUCUACAACAACAACAACAACAACAACAGCAGCAACGACAAAAUCUUUACUCACCUCACAUAUUUCUUCUCAGGCGCCGCCACGUACACUGAACAGUUUGCUGUGCAAACAUACAAAUGCCAUUUCAACGUUACGUAAUCGCAAAGUAUUUAUGAUCACUGAAAAAUCGGAUGAACCAAAAGGAGCGGAAACGUCCACAACGGCAGCGGGUGGCGGUGCAACAUCGGGGCAGAAGAGAAAAAUGUAUCUAAUCAUGGAGGAGAAUAGCUGUCCAGAAGACUGUCCAGGCGGAACUGAGGAAGGUGGUAAUUUAGCUAAUGAUGCCCAAAAUUAUGUAAAAAGAGAGAACGGUCUGAUUGUAGGUGCAGCAGGUGGUUCAAAAAAGUUGACACUCUUUGCUGACAAAGCAGAUAGUGGCGUGCUGACGGAGAAGUUUGAGAAGAUAUUGCCAGAGAUAUUGAAUCGUAUACAGGCCAAAGAUACGUCUGCGGCGCCGAUGGUGGCGAACGUGACGCCGCCGCCGCCGCCGCCGCCCCCGGUGGCCACAUCGAAACUACUGAACGGCAUUACUGCCAAUUUAAAUAUCGUUAAGUCUGAACCCGUACAACCACAACCACAACCACAACCACAACCACAACCACAACAUAACUUAAAAAAGACGACUGAAGAAACCAAUGAAAGACUACCAAUUACACUGCCACCAAAAAAGAAUCGCACAAAAAUUAUUUCAACAAACAGCAGCAGCAGCACCAACAACAUUUCGCAGAACGGCAGCAACAUUGUUGUUAACCCUUUUAGUGACAACUUUAAUAGCGGCACCGGCAGCAUUUGGGGCAACUUUAGCAACAGUAACAACAACAACAACAACCACAACAAACAACAACAUAAAAUUGGCACACAAUGUCAAAUUAAGCAGAUAUCUGCUGCUACGCCGGUCAUUGUGUCGGCGCCGGUCAAUGUGGCUGCGCGCAACAACAACAACCACAGCAACAAUGACAGUGCACCCGUAAUAAAACGCUUCGCUCCACACAUCAUCAAUCACAACACCAACACCAACAACAACACAAACAUUAGUUAUGCGAGUAAUGCGAGUCAAGCUAAUGGUCCAGCUACCACAUCCAUGGCUCAAGUAGAGCUGGUGCCUCAUAAGAACAUCAAUUUGUCCACUGAUUUUCACUUUCUGAUCAAAAUGCUGCCCAAGCUGGAAAGCAUUCCAGAGCCACACAAAAACAAUGUAAAGAAUUGCAUCGAGAGGAUAAUCACACAAAAUGCGAACUUAUUUGCCAAACAGUAGUAGCGGUCGGUGGUGUUGCCACAAGUUUACAAUUAGUUAAUAAUACGUGUGAAUAAAAUACAAACACAUGAAGACUAUAAAAAUAUUCUUUAUAUACAAACGUAGCUAUAUAAACGUAGUUAUUGAGUUUUGUAUUCUAAAACAUUGAAGUUUAUUUAAUUUAAGUGCGUGCACUUUCUUUUGAAGAGUCAACGCCUUUUUUACAAAACGAAUGUACGGCAUUUGCUAGAAUAGUUUGUUUAACGAGUAUCAUAUGUAAUAAGAUAUUUACGAUUUUGAAACGUAUUUUAGUUUAAGUUUUGCAUAUAAAAGUGUGCAUAUAUACAUAUGUGUACA